AUGUCGCAAUACCUUCCCCAGAUUUCGUCCCAAUCCCUAGAGGACAAAGUGGUCCUGAUCACCGGAGGUGCCAAUGGCAUUGGCACCAGUCUGGUACAGCAAUGCCUCGAGAGCGGUGCCAAUGUCUGCUUUGGUGAUCUAGACAAUAUCUCCGGAGAGCGUCUGCUGAGGAAAUCCCUCGAGGGAUUCAAGCCCGCAGAACCAAAGCACCCUCAGAGGAUAGUCUUCCAGUCCACUGAUGUAACCAACUAUCAAUCAGUGCUGGCCCUGUUCGAUCUCGCUUUCAACACUUACAAGCGCAUCGACCACGUCGUCUCUGCAGCUGGCAUUGCAGAGAUUGGCAAUUGGUUUGACUUUGGACUCACAUUACAGACAGUCCGCCAAACCCCGACUCAAAAAGUCCUCGACGUCAAUCUUGUCGGUUCGAUGUAUGUCGCUCGCAUUGCCUCCGUCUACUUGCGACACAACCGCGGCCCGGGAGUCGACCGCUCUAUUCUCCUCUUCUCUUCCGUCUCUGGAUUCAAAGAGAGUCCAUCUCUAUUCAUCUAUCAAGCAUCCAAGCAUGGUGUCAUAGGUCUCAUGCGCUCCCUGCGCAACUACAUCUCCUCCCCGUAUAAGCACUAUCUCCGGAUCAACACCAUCUGCCCUUGGGUGACCCAGACCGAAACUAUGAAACAGAUCGAACAGCAAUGGAAGCAAGCCAGCUUGCCCACCAAUACCACUCGGGAAGUUUCAACAGUAGCCACUGGGAUGUUGACUGACGCCUCUCUGAACGGCACUUCCAUGUUUGUCGAAGGUGGACGUGCAUGGGAGAUCGAGGGUAACAUUGAACGCCUGGAAGCCCAAUGGCUCGGCGAAGCACCGUCCAAGUCCCUCGCAGCAGGACAGGAGCUGCUAGAUGAUGGUGCCAUCUGGACUGCGAAGCCACGCAAGAGAAGCAGCAUUUCUAACGGCAUUCCUCCGGGAGUUCCACUUGAGAAACUGAAGGGGAUUCAACAGAAUGGUGCCCGGAAGAACUCGAUGAAUGGUUUGACCAAUGGCCACACUAAUGGAGUGACUUUGGUGACCAAUGGAAUUGCGAAUGGUCUCACCAAUGGAAUGACCAAUGGGAUCGUGAAUGGAGUACAUUGA